AUGGCGGGCGCGCGGGCCCCGCCCCCUCCGCCCGCUCCGACCAAUGGCAGCGCGGUGCGUCAGCGGGGGCGGGCGGCGCUCCCGGCGCUGAUUGGCUGGCGGCGCCUGGCGCGCGCGGCGCCCCGCCCCCUUCGCGGCCGUCGCUUCUCUCCCCUCCUCCGCUCAGCCAGCUCUGCCUUGUGGAGGCCCUGGAUGCUCCCAGCAAGGGAUGGGGAGGCCACAGAGAACUAAAAAAUGCCAGAAUUGGGUGGUCAAGUGAUCAACUGGAGAUCUAAAGGAGCCCUGGGGUUCCAGCAUCCAGUGAGGCUUUAUUUGCCCAAAUCUAAAUCCCAGAAGUUUCUUGCUAACAUUGGAGAGAAGGUUCUGGCCAGUUUUCCUGUACAAGCCACACUUCACUUCUAGAAUGAUGAUGCUGAGUCUGAGGAAGAAGAAGUGAGACCUGAGAGACCCAAAAUCCACAUGAAAAAAUGAAGAAUUUUAUAAAAGAACUCUCAGGAAUGGAUGGACAAACAUCUGACCAAACAGAGAAAUUCUGCAGAGCUCAAGAAGAAACUAUUUCUAAUUCUCUUUCCAAGAAGAAUGAGUCAAAGCACUGGGAAAUGGAAAGAAAUCCUUUUGUGUUUUUAGAGACUUUAAUUAAACCCUGAAGCUGAACAAAAGAUUUAAAUCAGGUUGAUUUCAAGGAACAUUGAGAACAUUGUACUGAGUCAUUAUUUUAAACACUGCAGUCCUGAGCAAGUGAAAAUGUCAUUUCCAGUACAACCCACAGGUUCUAAACAACAUUUGUGAUCUUUUCUGUGGUUCUGCCAUUCUCUUGUUAUCAGA